AAUCGACACUACUUCCAUCUUUACUUAAACAAUAAAAAAAGAAAAAAUAUACAUAUAGGAAAAAGAAACCCAAAUUAGACAAUAUAUAAGUUAGCGAAUCGUGGUCAUUAUAAAAUUCAAAAUUAGGCAAGGCCCAACCAAACAACCCCAGGAGGAGAUCAAGCGUACACGAUGACGGGUUCGUUCAGUGUGAAGCUCAAGUCCAAAAAAGGUCAAUUCAUUGUCAACGACCUGAACGAGCAUACGACGCUGGGGGAGCUGAAAACGAAAAUAGUUCAGGCCACUGCCAUUCAAGCGCCCCAGCUGCAUGUGCUCGUGGGCUAUCCGCCCAAGCCGCUGGACCUCUCGCAGCAGCAGGAGCAGCGCGACCUUAAGACAAUCGGGAUCAACAGCGGCGAGACCCUGAUUGUGGAGGAGAAGGCUGCUCCUGCCCCGGCGUCUGCCGCCGCCCCAGCUCCCACCAACACUGCCACACCCUUUGUGCCUGGUGCCUCCCACACCAUGGAGGAUGACGAGGCGCUGGCGCGUCGUCUGCAGGCCGAGGAGGAGGCACAGCUUUUGCAGGAAACCGGAGGGGCUCCCGGCCAGGUGCCGGAACUCCAGCUGCCAGUGGCGCCCACGGAAAGCGGGCCAAACGGCGACUUCAACGGCAUCCUGCUGAAGAAGGUAGUGCCGGCGGACAACUCGUGCCUAUUUACCAGCAUUCGCUUCGUGCUCAACGGCAAGGUGGACAACGAGGGCAGCGAAAUGAUGCGGCAUAUCAUCGCCCAGGAGGUGGCCGCCGAUCCGCAGAGCUACAACGACGCCGUGCUGGGCAAGUCGAAUGCGGAGUACUGCGCCUGGAUACAGAAGGCGGACUCGUGGGGCGGCGCCAUCGAGGUGUCCAUACUGUCCAACUACUAUGGCAUCGAGAUCGAUGUGGUGGACAUUCAAAAUGCCAUUAUCAAUCGAUUUGGCGAGGACAAGAACUUUGGACUGCGUGUCUUUCUGCUAUUCGAUGGCAUCCACUACGAUCCGCUGUACAUGGAGACCUCGCAGAGUGCUGCGCCGGCCACUAUCUUUCCGGUGGAGGAACUGGGCGUCUACCAGCAGGCCGAGCAGCUGGCCAACGAGGCGCAGUCCUCCCGCCAGUACACCAAUGUGGACAAGUUCACGCUGCGCUGCAUGCAGUGCGACGUGAGGCUCGUGGGCCAGGUGCAGGCCCAGGAACACGCCAAGCAGACCGGUCAUAAGCGCUUCGGGGAGAUUUAAUACGUCCUGAUCUUCGGCACCGUCUACAUUGUGGCUUUCAUGCUGUUCGCCUACUACCUGCUCACCACCUAGCCACAAUCGCAGUGCGAGGAGUCAUCGCAGUAGCUAAAUUGUACUACCUCCACAUCACCGCCUACAUAAGUUAUUGUUUUUAAAGCCCAGCCGCAUGUUCUCAUACUUAGUCCUUCUUUAAUCCAUUUCGGAACGCAAUAAAGUUUACACCUUCAUCUACA